CAUUAGUCUACUCAGUUAAUUCAGAAGUCUGGUUAGAAGUUGGUAGUGGAAAAGCUUGAAAUGGCAAAAACCUAUGGAAAUGCUGAUUUCAUCCGGCUGGAAGAAAACAAACAGCCAACUUCAAUUGCUGAAGCAGACAAUUCUGUUUAUGGAAAUAGUGAUGAAUUGGAUUGGAAUCUGAAGACAAAAGACUUUGCAGAUUUAAACUUGGUUGUUUCAGAUAAUAAAGAGAGAGAAAAGUCCUAUAAGGGAGUUGUGGCUGAUCUUUGUAUCUUUCUGCUUACUGCAAUGGUGGCUCUGUGUGUUCUGGGAAGUCUCUAUUCCAACCAACUCCGAUCAUAUAAUUCGGUAAAAGAGCAGUACAGCAUUGUUGCAGCCAAUCUUAUUGCACAGGAGCAGAAUGCCACAGAAAUGGAAAAAAGCUAUCGGGAGCUUAAAGCCAAGCAUGACACAACCAAAGGAUGUCUCUCCUCAUGCAGUCAAUGUUCAGAUAAAACAUUUAAGAGGAAAAAGUAUUACUACUUCUCAUCUGAUAAACUGAACUGGAUGCAGAGUCGAGAUUACUGUGUGGAAACGGGAGGCCAACUAGUCAUAAAAAAAAGCAUAGAUGAUCAGGUAUAUUUGACCUCAAAUUUGAGAGAGACUCAUUGGAUUGGACUGCAUGAUUUACAUACUGAAGGACACUGGAUGUGGGUGGACAACACAACACUCUCUGGAGAAACAUUUUGGUAUACGAGAUCAGAUGAACAUAAUGAACCUGAUAACUGGAAGCAUGAAAACCCUGCUGGAGAGAACUGCGCUAGUCUGGGAAGUGAGAGUGGUGGAACUGCUUGGUUUGAUGCUUCAUGCUCAAAACUAAAGAAGUUUAUCUGUGAAAAGUAAAAGUCAAAUACUGCAUAUGGUAUUACAUUGUAACUUAACAGGUAAUUCCCCUGGUAUAUUCUUUAAUAUUUUUUCCUUAGAAUGUGUGAGUCUUAAGUAAUUAAAUGAUAAAAAGAUUAGUUUGUGUUUAUGAGCCACAUGCAAAAAUAAAACAAUGAUCAACAGUUCCAACAGUGCUGUCAUAAAGGAGUCAUUAAUAAAUAAAAUAUGGAUUUUGAGUGUUGUGUUCAAAUUCAAUACAAACUAUCAUUUUAUAAAUGUCUAUUAUUAGUCCUGUAUUAAGUUAUAGAUUUGAUUAAUUUAUUGUCUGCAUUUUCUUCUCCGCUAAAAAAAGCAAUGAGAGUUUGAAAUAAAACCAAUGCACAUGACAGCAGCACUUUUUUUGCUAGAAAGUUAAACCUAUCUAUUUGUUCCACUCAAAAUGCUCUGAGACUACUUAAUAAGGGCCACAUGUGUGGUUGUAAGUCUGCUAUAAGUUGGUAAAAAGUACAUAUUUUUCUGGAAAGGAUUUUACUUUCACAACUCUAAAACAAAUCUCUGAAAAUAUAUUUCACAGUGAUGUGGAACAGUCCAAAACUAUUCCAUAAAGGCCACUUAUUUUAUAAUACAAACUUUCUUUUGUCUUUUAGUGUUAUACUUCUUAAUGCACUGACUUAUUAAACAAUUGCUUAAACCAGAAAAGUACAUUGCUAUUGGAUUACCAGACACAUGUGCAACCGUACCUUACCCAAGUGUACUACAUGCUUCAGGUUUGCAAUACUGCCCAUAUAGCACCUAAACAUGGAUAGAUAACGAAACUGCAAAAACCCAGGUGUUUGUCACUCUCUCAAGCAUUGAUGUAAAGUCCCCUUGCACCUUCAGGGUCU